GGCUCUGCUGUGCCCAGCCGGCCAGCCAACCCCGGCUCUGCUCCGCCCCGUUCGCCCUCAGCGUGCCUGAGCGAGGCGGGCCUCUCGGGCAGCGGGCGCCUGCGCGGUGUGUGCCGGUGCCAGCGGAGCGGGCGGAUCCCGGCAGGCCCGGUGACGUGUCUGCGCCACAGCAGCCCCGUCCGGCUCUGCCGGCCUGGGUUAGGGGGAAAAAAGAAGAAGAAGAAGAAAGAGGCGGCGGCGGCGGCGGCGGCGGAGAUAAAAGGGUGCAACGGGGAGGCGCCUCUCGUCGACGACUCCGCUUCCAGGUCUAGACAGUCGUCGCUGGGUCUCCGCCGCCGGGACGAGAGCGUCGCUCGGCCUGCACCAUGUUCAACGUGGAGAGUCUAGAGCGGGCCGAGCUCGGGGAGAGUUUGCUUACCUGGAUCCAGACAUUCAAUGUUGAAGCACCAUGCCAGACUGUGGAAGAUCUAACCAAUGGUGUUGUGAUGGCCCAAGUACUUCAAAAGAUAGAUCCAUCAUACUUUGAUGAAAACUGGUUAAACAGAAUUAAAACUGAAGUAGGAGACAACUGGAGACUGAAGGUGAGCAAUCUGAAGAAAAUUUUAAAAGGAAUUUUGGAUUACAAUCAUGAGAUUUUGGGGCAGCAGAUCAAUGAUUUUAUCCUUCCUGAUGUCAACUUAAUUGGGGAACACUCGGAUGCUGCUGAACUUGGAAGAAUGCUUCAGCUCAUUUUAGGCUGUGCUGUAAACUGUGAACAAAAGCAAGAGUAUAUACAGACCAUCAUGAUGAUGGAGGAGUCUGUUCAACAUGUUGUCAUGACAGCCAUUCAAGAGUUGAUGAGUAAAGAAUCUCCAGUGUCUGCUGGAAAUGAUGCUUACGUUGAUCUUGACCGUCAGUUAAAGAAAACCACAGAAGAAUUAAAUGAAGCCUUAGCAACUAAAGAAGAAAUUGCACAGCGAUGCCAUGAACUGGAUAUGCAAGUUGCUGCACUGCAAGAAGAGAAGAGUAGUUUACUAGCCGAAAACCAGGUCUUGAUGGAACGCUUGAAUCAAUCUGAUUCCAUAGAAGAUCCCAACAGCCCAGCAGGACGUCGACAUUUACAGCUGCAGACACAGUUAGAACAGCUCCAAGAGGAAACAUUCAGAUUAGAAGCAGCAAAGGAUGAUUAUCGAAUUCGUUGUGAAGAGCUAGAAAAAGAAAUUUCAGAAUUGCGGCAACAGAAUGAAGAUUUAACGAAUCUAGCUGAAGAAGCUCAGUCACUGAAGGAUGAGAUGGAUGUCCUAAGGCAUUCUUCUGACAAAGUUGCCAAGUUAGAAAGCCAGGUGGAAUCCUACAAAAAGAAGUUGGAAGAUCUGGGGGACCUACGGCGACAAUUGAAGCUGUUGGAGGAGAAGAACACAAUGUACAUGCAAAACACUGUAAGCUUGGAAGAAGAGUUGAGAAAAGCCAAUGCAGCCCGCAGUCAGCUGGAAACAUACAAAAGACAGGUAGUUGAACUCCAGAAUAGAUUGUCUGAAGAAUCCAAGAAAGCAGACAAAUUAGAAUUUGAGUUCAAGAUGCUGAAAGAAAAAGUAGACAGUCUUCAAAAAGAAAAAGAUCGGUUACGAACAGAGAGAGAUUCCCUAAAAGAAACUAUUGAAGAGAUUCGAUGUGUACAAGCACAAGAGGGGCAGCUUACUACUUCAGGAUUAUUGCCACUGGAAGGCCAGGAGUCUUCAGACAGUUUAGCAGCAGAAAUUACUACCCCAGAAAUCAAGGAAAAACUUAUUCGCCUUCUGCAUGAAAACAAGAUGUUAAAGCUUAACCAAGAAGGGUCUGACAAUGAAAAGAUUGCCUUAUUGCAGAGCCUCUUGGAUGAUGCCAAUCUCCGGAAGAAUGAACUGGAGACAGAGAACAGACUUGUAAAUCAGAGACUUCUUGAAGUACAGUCCCAAGUUGAAGAAUUGCAGAAAUCUUUACAAGAACAAGGUUCAAAGGCUGAAGAUUCUGUCAUUCUGAAAAAGAAACUGGAUGAACAUCUUGAAAAGCUGCAUGAAGCAAAUAAUGAGUUACAGAAGAAACGAGCUAUCAUUGAAGACUUGGAACCUCGAUAUAACAACAGCUCACUCAAAAUAGAAGAAUUGCAAGAAGCUCUGCAUAAAAAAGAAGAAGAAAUGAAGCAAAUGGAGGAGCGAUACAAAAAAUAUUUAGAAAAGGCUAAAAGUGUUAUCCGUACUUUAGAUCCGAAACAGAACCAAGGCUCAGGACCUGAAAUUCAGGCUCUGAAGAAUCAACUACAAGAACGUGACAGGAUGUUUCAUUCUUUAGAGAAAGAAUAUGAAAAAACCAAGAAUCAAAGAGAAAUGGAGGAGAAAUACAUUGUCAGUGCCUGGUAUAAUAUGGGGAUGACUCUUCAUAAAAAAGCAGCCGAAGACAGACUUGCCAGCACAGGUUCAGGACAGUCCUUCCUGGCUAGACAAAGGCAAGCCACCAGCACAAGAAGAGCCUAUCCUGGCCAUGUCCAGCCAGCGACCGCAAGGUAGAGAGAGGCCUUGCCUUCUGAGGGGAAGCCAUCCUGGGAUGAAGGCCUACUUCUUUUGCAAGUGACGGCAUUUCAGGAAACUUAGCCAGCAUCCUUUCUGUAUCUUUGUCCCUUGCUACUACAGUUAACUCCUCAUUUCAGGAAGGUUUUUAAAAAAAGUUUCUCAAUGUUUUUAAUUCCCUUCACUCUUAUUUUUUGGAGUCUUCCUUUUUGCCUUUUUAUGUGCCAAAAUGUUGAAAACACCUUAUGAAGUGUACCUAUGGAAUCUUUCCUCCCUCCCCAACAUAUGUAGAAUUUGUCAUCUGUCACUUGAGUCUUGGCAAAGGCUAGGUAGCAAACCUAAAAUGUCUUGUUGAUUAAUGAUGAUGCCAUCCUUUCUAAGGCUACCAUUGUAUAAAGGGAAUUCUCCUUUUCUUUCUCACUCCAGUCUGAUCUGUUUAAAUUAUGUGAUGCAAUAUGCAGGAGCACUGCAUCAAAUUAUUGUUAAAUGUGUGUGUUGCAGAGGCCUAUAUGCUGGCAGAAGCUGUAACUUGGUUGCAGGUAUCUGAUUGAGGGUUUUCAUAACUUUAUCAUAUGCUGCCAUUACUCACUCCUUGGCUUUAAUUUAGAGAGGCAGACUAACUUUUGGUUUGGUUUGCCCACAUCCUUUCUUUUUUACUCACCCAUGCUAAAUUAUGUGUUCUGCCAUUUUUGGAUGGUACAAUGAAGAGUGGAAAGCAACAACCAUUUACUCCAUGGCCAAUAGUUUAAAACUUCCCCAUUGCACUCUCUAACCAUGUGGAGAAUUGGGCUCUCGUAUGCUUGGCAAUGUGGAGUUAAACAUUAUUGCCAGUGCUUAGAAAUUCUAGAAAUUGGGGCCGUGGUAGUACGCUGCUCACUGUGUGACUGGAUCAACAGAUGACUGGUGCUACAUAUAGUUAAACCAUCAUGGACAAAAUGAUAAAAUGAUGACCAUGUAGCAUGUGGUUCCCUGUUUCUGCUCUGAAAGAUGCCAGGUUUGAUAGAAAUUGUCCUCAAUUUGCCAUCCACCACUGAAGACUCUCUUUUUAAUAGGCCAGGAAGGAGGAUAAUUGCCUUACAGGUGGUACCAGUGCCUUCGAGCAAGGUGAUUCUGACACGAAAACUCACUGUCUUUUUGUGCCAAAUCUUAAUUGCAUGGCUGUACAGUUAUGGGUCUCUGUCAUGAAGCAUAAAUAGCUUUUUCCUUUCAGGUUCUGAUCCUGCCAAAUACUGAGCUCCAGAUUUUUGAGCCAUGCAUCACAACUUCUUUCAGAUUUGUGUUUGAGAAGUUUGAGGUUGCUUAAGAUGGGUAUUUCCAUAUGGAUUCACCAUUAGAGUAGUUUGUAAGAUUUUGUUGAAAAACUUCAUCUUAACAGUUAAAUAUCAACAUACUUCUAAAUAUAUCUCAUGUUGGUUGUUUUAAGUAUUCCAAGAUCAAGUAGCAGAUAUGCCUCUCUCUUGGAAGUCCAUUUGGAUUUUAUUAUCAUGUUUACAUAUAAAACAUUAACUUCUCAUCGUCAAUUUCUUUUGCAAGAAUGCACAGUACAUCUUAAUUUAAAAAGAAAAUAGUGUUUGUCUUCAUUUACCCUGAUAUCAGGAUGUCAAAAGAGCUCAUAAAGUAAUGUAAUGUGUGCAGAAUAAAUUAUUAAAAUGAAAUGUGUAGAUGUUGGCUCUCCGUAGUAGGGUUUCAAAGUUAGAUGAAGUAGCCAAGGUAUCUUUCUCCAUUAUGCAGAAAAAUUAAAAAGUUAUUGUCAGCAUAAUUCCCUAUGUGAUCUGGCUCUUCCUCAUCCCCCUUCCCCUACAGUAGUGAAUUUAGAGCAGGAGACAGAGAAAAGGUGUAUGGUGUGUUUCAUAUGCACCUAUGAGCAAAAUUAUUAGAUGGGUAUCUUUUGUAUUAUGCUGAUUGGUUAUUUAGUACACUGCAUGCAAGGAACAGCUGUUAGUCUUGAGUAAACCCUGUUUUAGAGUAAAGCAUCCUACACUCACAAUUCCACGGACUAACUUGGGUCUAGUCAUUUAAGAUCUAGUAUUGUUAAUUUUGUCAGUUGUAUGCAAAGCAAUGACAAAAGCUUAUUUUUCUGUUGUGGAGGGUGGGAGUGGGAAUGUCUCCAGAUACUGUACUAAACUCUUACCGUUAUUCAGUUUGGUGCCUGAAAGAAACUGAAUACAAUUAGACCUACACACUACUUGACCUUUCAGUCUCUUUGGCUUUUGUUCUGUUGGUUGACAGAGAAUGUUGUCUGCCAUCUAGGGCAUCUUUUGGCUUAUCAUUUCUCUCCACUUCUCAUCUAGCAUGAAAGCAGCUAGUUUCUCCACUUUGGCUGGCUUAUUUCUUGAAUUAAAUUGUUUGAAAACCUAAUCCAUUAUAACCAUUUACAGGGAUAGUAGCAUUAACUGACCUUUAACAAAGUGCAGAAUUCUGAAACAUUAAGGCCUCUUCAUUAAAACUGAUUCAUUUUUGUUUUGAUUUGAUUGAGAAUUAAAUAAGCUUGUCUUGUAGGUUAAGAAUCUUGGAAAGCAACCAUCCAGAAGAAAUCCGGAGGAAGUUAGUUGCACUGAAGUGCCAUAGAAAUAAAUGGGACAAAUUAGUUUGUGGUUAAGUUCCCUGAAAAUUUAUGGCAGUUAAGUGCAGGUAACUCCUUCUAGAUCAGGUUUGUUGUGGCUUCAGCUGUUAACAGGGAUGGUUGUGGAGACAGAGAGAGAAGCCUUCAUUCUAAAGCAGGGGUGACAAACUGUGACCCUCCUGCCGAUUGGCCUACAACUCCCAUUUUGCCUGGCUACUGACCUCUGUGACUGGGAGUGAGGAGAGUUGUAAGCCAACAACCGCUGGAGGGCCACUGUUUGACACCCCUGUUCUAAAGCAUUUGUCUUGAGUGGAAUGGAAACUACCCAUACACAUUUAUAAAGGGUUUCACACGAAGAGCAGCAUAUGUGGCUGUUUUAUACUUGGGGAUUGAAUGGGCUAAAGAUAAGCACAAUGGGUAUCAUAAGGAUACAGAAGUUGUUUUCCGUAACAUUAACAUUUAGCAGCAAGCUUUCUGAGCAAUACCAGACUCUUGUUAAAACAUAUGGCUCUAGUUAAUUAGGAGUAUAAUUUUGGCUGGAGUUGGUUACAUUUCUUCUUCUGUUGUAGUUUGGGUUUUAGUACUUUUAAAAAAUGCUUGUACUGAUUCAAAGUCAGUACAAGGGAGGAAACCAGGGAGGAAAGCUGGUCUUGUGGUAGCGAGCAUGAAUUGUCCCCUUAGCUAAGCAGGGUCCACUCUGGUUGCAUUUGAAUGGGAGACUGCAUGUGAGCACUGUAAGAUAUUCCCUUUAGGGGAUGAAGCCACUCUGGGAAGAGCAUCUAAGUUCCAAGUUCCCUCCCUGGCAUCUCCAAGAUAGGGAUGAGAGAGAUUCCUGCCGGCAACCUUGGAGAAGCCGCUGCCAGUCAGUGUAGACAAUGCAGAGCUAGAUGUAUCAGUGGUCCGACUGGGUAUAUGGCAGCAUCAUAUGUUCCUAUGCUAUUGUAUUAACUGUUGUAGAAUUAAACUAUCUCAAAAUGUGAUAUAUAAUAACUUCCAUGGGCAAUGUUAUACGUUAGGGAAAUAUCUUUUGCUCCAGUAAGAGUGCCCUACAAACCUUCUUCCUUUUUUAUGUCCAUAUGUCUGUCCUAAUUGGGACUUGAUCAGUAUUUUAUUUUUGAAGACUCAUUUGAUGAGGCUUUAAAUAAUCAGUAAAAUACCAGUUAAGAUACUUGAUAUAUCAAUGCUGUUGGACAAUGGAAAUGGAGUAACUAAAAUGUAAAGGUAAAGUGUGCCAUCAAGUUGAUUUCUAUUCCUGGUGCCCACAGAGCCCUGUGGUUUUCUUUAGUAGAAUACAGGAGGGGUUUACCAUUGCCUCCUCCCAUGCAGUAUGAGAUAUAGGCGCUGCUGCCUGAUACAGGUGUUUCCUGUAGUCUGGGAAACAUACCAGUGGAGAUUCGAACUGGAAACCUUCUGCUUGUCAGUCAAGCAUUUCCCCACUGCGCCACUUAAGGUGACUUAAAAAAAAAAAAAAAAAGGUACAUCUGAUGAAAAUAACCAAAUGACUUUAUAAUUUGCUGACAAACAAAAUUUGAUGCAUCAGAUUAUCUAAUAAACCUUAAUAGGGAUGUUUAAUCAGAAAACUUCAGUUUCCUAGCCAUUAAAGUAGAUGAUAUUGGAGAGACAUAACCUAUUUGGGGCUGGUUCAUAUAUUCAGAGGGCCAUUGAUCAUGCUUAUGUAGCAGAGGACUGGGAGUGUGCACUCCCACGCGAACAGUAGUGUUUGUUGCAAAGUCUUUGUGUCUUGUCGCUCACAGCUGGGCCCAGUUUGCAUGGCAGUGGAGAGAUCAUGUGCUACUUCUCCGCCUUAAAAAGAUAAUUGCAGCCGCUGUGAAAAAAGGCAAAUGCCAUGUAAGUGAUAGAAAAUCUUUAAAAUUUCAGUAUUAUACAAAGCGCUGGUGCAGUUACAUUUAGAAUAUAGUAUAGAGCCGCUGUGAAAAAAGGCAAAUGCCAUGUAAGUGAUAGAAAAUCUUUAAAAUAUCAGUAUUAUACAAAGCGCUGGUGCAGUUACAUUUAGGAUAUGGUAUAGAGUUCUGGAUGCUCAGUCCUAAAAAGACUACUGCAAUGCUGAGAAAAGGGCAGCCAAAAUGAUCAAGUGAGUUAGAGAACCUUCCCUACAAAGAGAAGCUAACACAUUUUGGGCAUUUUAGCUUACAAAAAAGGCAACUGUGGAGGAGGGGAGGGAAAUUAUAGAAAUCUAUAGAAUUCUGCAUAGUAUGGAGAAAGUAGCUAAAGUUUUUCUUUCUCAUAAUAGUAGAAUUGAGGGUGAUUCACUGAAAUUGAUUUGCUGUAGAUUCAGGGCAGACGAGUACAUCAUACAAUGCAUAAUUAAUUAAAUGGAAAUAAGUUCCACAAGAUAUAGUGAUGGUUAUUGGCUCAGAUGGCUUUGAAAAAGGAUUAUACAAACUUGUGGGUGAUGAGUCUAUUACUGGCUACUAGUUUUGAGGGCAUCUUCAGGUACAGAGGCAGAAUCUCUAAAUCCCAGUUGCUGGUGAGUGGACAGAGCUAUUGCCUGCAAGUCUGGUUGGAAGGCUUCCCCGAUCAUCUGGUUGGCCCUAAGGGGAGGCCGGAUGCUGGAGUGGAUGGACUUCUGGUCUGGUCCAGCAGGGCUGCUCUUACGUUCUCAUGACCAUAUGCAAAUAUGUGUGUUGGCCCUUUUUUCUUGUUUUACAGAAGCAGGAGGAGGCAUAAUUUCUUAAGCUAAAGUUCUUUCUCUUUCUGACUGAGUCAUGAGAUUUGUUUUUCUACUCUUCUACUGUGGUGGAUUUCAGGCCACUUGCAGUGCAGCCCCAGCCUCACAUGCACACAAGGGUGAUGACUGGAGACAGAGCAGAACCUUCCUCUCAUAUUGGUUCUCUUGAAUGCUUGGUUGGAAGGUGGAUCAUAGGGCAAGUUUCCGGCUUUGAUUUUGCUCCAGCUUAGUGGAUCAAAAUGCACUCUCAGUUUGAGCUGCACCUUGUAGGUUAUCAGGGCUCAUCCCCAGCCUGCGUUAGGGAGCUGCAUGCCUCUGGAAAGAAGCAGGUUUGGUCAGUAUCAACCUGAGAAAGGCAUACUGUAUCGGAGGCCUUGUGAACUUUCUGCACUGGAAGUUAUUUUGAGGGGUGUGCUUUCCUUUUUAACAUAGACAUGUGUAUGGCUAUAUUUGAAGGCCAGCUUUAAUGUGUCCUUAACCAGGCUGGCAAAUGGUCAUCAAUGGUUUGUCAAGAAUCUUCUCCAGACAAGUAGGUAGGGAAGCUUUCUUAAAUGGGAAGGGUUAGUUCUUUUUAGGAUGCGCACAAACCACGGUCUGAGCACUUUGGAGGCCAUUUGACUGGGAACUUUAAGGAGAACAGGUCCUGCUCUCUGCUGCCUCCUUCAGCUUCCUGCUGCGGCAGCGCACCUCCCCAAGAACCUCCACCGCAGUGCUGGCAUGCACAUGGUGUCCAAAAGGUGCUCAAACUGCAGUUCGUGCAUAUCACUAGUUCUUUUUUCGUUCAGCUGUCAGUGUGCUUCAUAGGAAAGGUAUACACAAGUAGCCAACUUAGUUUAAAAAAAAAUUGUGUGGGUUACUCACUUUUGUGGACUUGUAUGCAAAGGUGCUCUCAGUUCCUGGUGUUUUCCAUUCAUGUUGCACAACCCUUUUCCGUUACCACAGCAAAGCUGCAGCCAGCAAAACUUAACUCUUGCAGUAGCUCAGUAUAUUGAUUUGCUGAACUAGAAUGCUUGUGUCAACAGGAUUUUGCUCUCUUCUUUUUUCCCCCCACAGCAAUUGAAUAUUUGCUGCUUUUGAACCUUUUUAAAACUUUGGAUUAUUUUUGGUGAUGUGGCUGCCUGAUCUGCAGUACUGUUUAUCAAAUGGGUUUUUCCCCAGUUUACUUUACUUUCCGCCCCACCCCUCCUCCAGUCUACAUAAUCAAAACUGUAACCUUUUAUUUAACAUUCCUGGCCAUCUGCUUUUCAAAGAGUCACUUGCAAAGAAGCUUGUCCUCUCUAGGUGUGACCUUGCUAUGUUCCACUUUCCACUUCAACAUCAUAAAGCUCAGCCAUCAAGAGUGAAACAUAAGAAUCAUAAAAGCUUGAUAAAGGGGGUGGGAAGAUUGUUGUGCUCCUUUAGCACUUCAUAGGUUAGUUCCUCCCCUCCCCCCACUUGACGUUCUUUCUUUUAACAGUAUUAACACGCAAGUCUCUUGCAACACCUCCCAUUUACUAAGCUAGAAGACAUUUAAUCUUAGACAUGUUUUAUAAAUGCACCUUGUUUACUGCUAUGAUUUUAAAAAUGCACUAAAGGAGCCAAGUUCAGUACUAAUACACACACACGUUUCUUUUUUUAAUUAUUCCAGCAAAGUCAAGAAACAUUUUUUUCCCUUGGAGAAAGCAGAUAGGAAGUGGUGCCUGACCCCUUCCAAGGUGGUGUUUCGUUUUUUUUAAACAUUUAAAACUCCAAGCCUUGACACACAAUAUAUGCAAUGUUUUAUUUAUUGAUGUUGCAUACUGUCUUAAUGUGUAUAAAUGCCUUUCCCCCCACCCCUAUAGACAACUUGUACACUUAUUUUAGAGACCCAUUUCCAACUGUGUAUACUUGUACAAGCCAUUCCAGAAAGGAAUGUGAAUGGAGACUAAUACAAAAUAAGCAUAUGCUUCCUUGAUGUCAGUGUUAUAUGCGACAUGACCUCUGUAGAUUACUGUCUAUGCUGUGUUUAACUGCAGUUCUGUCAUCCGCAUCCGUCUGUUCACUCAGAUUGCACUAACAUGACUUUCUUUACAUUAAUAAAUAUUGCUAGUAUUCAUGUACAGUAUGCCAACAAUAUAAUUCAGAAUGCUUUGUGCUGCUUUUUUUCUAAUUUUAAUGCUGCUUUUUUUAAAAAAAACACGUUACUCUUAAAAGUCUACUUGUGCUGCUGUAGAUUUGGUUUUGUAUUGAGGCAGAUGUAGGAAAUGUGGCAAUAUGAUAGGAAAGUGGAGGGAAUUUUGUGUUUGUAUCAUAACUCUUGUGUACCAUGGAGGUUUUUUAAACCCUUUAAAUUAGUCAUAGCUACCCCAAAGCAAGAUUAGUGACAGUGUUGCCACCUGAUCAAUGCAGGGAAAGGAUGGGGAAGUGAGGUCAGGAUUCAACUUCUUUUCUCUUGCAACUUAGAUUGCCUGAAGGCAAUCAAAAGUAAUUCUGAGGGCGGUGAGACCUGCACGUCAUUCACCAUUGCACACUGGGAUAUGGGGAUAACUUCCUGAUAUCAAGGUAUGUAAUGAAUUUUUCUUCUAGGCAAGAGCUGCUGUUGGGAUAACAAGGUGGUUGUUGGCAUAGGAACCUAGACUAUAGGUUAAUGUGCUCAGUUAGACCUGGGAAGGCGUGUUGUGUGACUUGGGACACAAUCCCCAGAUGCUUUGGUAGGUGGUGCUAUAAAAGUCGAACUCCCACUAUUGAGAGGGGUGCCUUGCUUCUGCAUUGUUCAGGCUAACUCCAAUGCUGAAAUAUUAUUACCCCUCCUAUCUUGCCUCCCCUCUGUACAUUUGUAUGUUCGCAAGGUGAUGUCAUGUCUGGUGUGGUUACGCUGGAGACUCUGUGUGUGUGCGCACGCAUGUGGUGUUUUGUUUGUUGUUAACAUGUCAAGAGUUGGCCUGAAGUUAGGGGCUUUGUUAUCUGCCUCAAUUUUUUGCUUGCAAAACCAUUUUAGACCACUAGAUGGAGUAGAGGACUGAGAGAUUACACUUGCAACUUUCAAUAGGUAUUUCUGGCUGUCUCUUUGAAAGAAUGCUGGGGAUUUAAUUAGACCAUCAUGAAAGGAAGGCAACCUUGAGAUCCUAAGCAUGUUUUCAGCAUAUCAAGUACUGUGUGUGAGGUAGGAGACUUCGGGGUUUUGUUUUGUGUUUCAUUUUUCCAAAAACAAUUUGUUUGACUGUCAACUAGGUGUUGACUGGUUACCAAAAUUACUGUUAGUUGCCAAUGAUUUUUUUUCUGCAAAAGAAUAAAUUCCUAAAAUUGUCAAAUGUUAAUCUCCCCCCCCCCCCAACACACACACUUAUCGCCUAUUGAAUUCUUACCCGGUAACUACCAGAUUACUAUGGUAGUGAUUUUGCUAUACAGAUGUAUGUAUAUAGACAAAUAAUCGUCAUGAAUUCAAACAUUGAAAGGGGUCCCACCCCUGCUCAAAGACAAUAAUGCUUCCAAGGCUACAAAACCAUUGUACAGUUGUUAAACAAGUUGUAAAUAAAGGCUUAUAUAAAA